AUGAAGUAUGUGUCAAGGAGCUUCAUCCUUAGGUAUAUGCAACAAGAUGAGGUUCUUUAUCACAUCUAG